GCCUUUUAUCGAGCAACACAAACUAUGAUGUAUCGGUAGCCCACGCUGAAGGAUCGCUGUGGCCAAUGGCCUCAGAUAAGAGAGUAAACAUCGGUGCGGCGCGAGUCAUUCCCGUGGUUCUCGGUGGUUUACUUGCCUAUGGAAGUUAUGUCUUUACAAGACCAUUAUGCAUUGAUUAUUUUAUAAGUCCUCCGCUCCACUAUGGUGCACCUCCCCCCCGAAGAGGCCUCGCGACCGGGUUGCUGAUCGUGUUCUACUUCCUGCUGCUUGUGUUGGCCGUGUCCUACUUCCGAGUUAUCACCACGAUCAUAUGGAACCCUGGGUUCCUCCAGCGCGGGAAUCAGUGGCAUCAAUCGCGCACCGGGAAACCCGAAGGAAACACGAAACGGAGAAAGCGACGGCACAGACCGGGAACUUCCUACCCAGACGAUGCGAACGUCGAACAUGGCCCUUACCCUAUCGAUGCCUACGGCCUGGAGGCGUUUUACUGCAAAGAUAUAUUUGUAUGUGAACAAGACGGCAGGCCUCCGUGGUGCUCAACCUGUUGCCAAUGGAAGACGGAUAGGGCUCACCAUUGCAGUGAGGUCGAUCGCUGCACCAGAAAACUCGACCAUUUUUGUCCCUGGGUCGGAGGCGUCAUUAGCGAAAGUUCAUUCAAAUUUUUUAUACAGUUCUUAUUUUAUACCUUUCUCUUUACGACUUUCAACGUCGUGGUCUUUUCUAUAGUUAUCGCCGAAUAUCGAAGAAAUUCUGGGUACCUGGAAGUGCAAUGGCUGGUGGCUUUAGCGCUAUGCGGUUUAUUUUGCUUAUUUUCCUUUGGAAUGCUAGUUAGCUCACUGCACCUUGCAUUCAUCAACUCUUCCACCAUCGAGAGCCUCACUCGUCAUACCAAAGUUUGGACCUUAGCAGUUCUAAUUCCCCGCCCAAAGGACUUUUACGAACUCCAGUCCCGCCGCAAAAGUCCAAUUCCCGUCGUUAUAUAUCCAAGUAGUCCUAUUCCUUCUUCUUCGAGUUCUACCAGAACAGCCACCUCAAAUGCUCCACCUCGCGAAUUUGCCAUCCUAUCCACGAAACCGGGAGAAAAUCCCUUUGAUCUGGGAAGUCCCCUGGCAAAUUUGAAAGAAGUCAUGGGCCACAGUUUAAUUGAUUGGCUGCUACCGCUCAGAUAUAGCCCGUGCUCGGGCUACGGUAGUCAGGAAAGCGCGUAUGCGUUUGGCCCUGUGGUGCAGAGGUUAAAGAAAGAGAAUGGCUUGGAUUGUUCAGAAUGACGUGGUGAUUGGGUUUAUUUCAGGAUAAUAUAUGCAACAGACAUACACUCAUAAAAUACCCUGGUGUUGGCGCUUUUUCACUUUUUGGAAGGUUAACUUCAGCAUCGUCUAUUUAUACCACAUUUUGUUCUUUCGGAUUACUUUUAUCACUGUAUUGGUAAGUGAAUUUUCCUUGCUACUGUGCUACCGUUCUAUGGCUUUGGGAUGUUGGAUUUUGUUUGAAUUGUAAGAGGUGCAGGUUGUUGUGGAGCCUGGGCAGUUCUUUGUGUUUGGAUAUCCUGUUCUCUUAUGAAGCAUAUACAUAGCAGGAAAGCAGGCGAUGCUGGAAUGCAAGAAACUUUAGUGAAAGUAUCAGCCCAGUAUAUACAUCCCUAAAUAGUUUUCAACCGAGAUUUAAAGUAUC